GAAAAACAUUUUUAUGAUGUAAGAAAUGCAAUGAGAGAUUUUAGCCUAAAGAGCCAAGGUGUAAAGAUUGGGUCGGUCUUGAUCACAAUAAAGACCGACUCAAUACUAUGACUAAGGUCUUCGUUCUUGGUCUUCGUUUAGCUCUUGCUCUUAUCUUCGUUCUUCGCCUUGUAUAUUCAAUCUGGAGAGAAGGGAUUGUCGUUGAAAAGAACAAAAAGGAUGAAACUAUAUUGAGCGUCAAUUUUCCAGCACAGGGAGAUACUGCAGUGGUUAGAGCUUGGAACCUCCGCCCAACCCUUAUUUGGAAGGAUGGAGUGUGGGUAGAGUGGCACACCUCAAGAGAUGAGUCUGCUUUUAAGCAUGAUACUCCAAAAACGAAAAGAAUGAAGUUGGGAAGCCCUGCUGGUGAGACCAGUGUAAUGACCAAUAUCUCAAAAGAAGACAUUGAUGUCCCAAGAUCUCGGGAAAAUGGUGAAGAAAGUUUGCUCCCGCUAUCUGAUAAUGAAAAACUGUAUAAUGGUGGUAAAAAUUGUUACGAGGAUAAGCCCAACAAACCCAGAACAACUAGAUCUGGUGUACAAAAAGAAGGGUCCAAAGUUGUUUUUGGCGUACCCAAACCAGGAAAGACUCAAAAAUUUAUAGAAGUAAGCAAGCAGUAUGUUUCAGAAUGGGGCAGGAAGAACAAUGAUUCCGUUCAUAACUUUGCAAAGUAUGUAAUGCCACAAGGGUCUGAAGCUCGAAGGAAAGACAAUAAUAAUUCAAAAACCAGUGCUGAAGAGAAGGAAGUACCUGAAUUCAAAUCCAGGUCUCUUAAAUCUAGAAAACCACCGCUCAGUUCAUGCCGGACUUCAAAAGAUACCUCUUUGACACCGAUCACUGAAGAAGCAGGUGAAGAAUGUGCACAAAACUAUUAUGAGACUCUUUGUGCUGAAUCUGUUAAGGAAUCAAAAACAUCAUCAAGCAAACCUGUGAUGGUAAAGGGAAAUAAUGCUCCUUCCAGUAGCAAGGAACCCAAAGUUGAGAUUGACAAGCCCAUUCCUGAAGCCAGUGGACCACCACGGAGGUCAAAUCGUAUGAUUCAUCCGACAUCAAGGUUGCUGGAAAGUUUGCAGAGCUCAAUACUUGUUCCGAAAUUCCCAUCUUUGUCUCACAACAAAGGUCACAGAAGCCACCACAGGGACACACCUAAAGGGUAACAGUUUGGAUUUGACAUUUUCACCUCCCUGCAAAGGAUGGGUGUCCUUCACUUGUAAGUUAAUUCCAGAAUGUGAUUAUGUAAUAAUUCCAUACGCGACCGCAUGACUUCUAGUAGUGUCACAACGAUCAAGACGCAUAAUUUUCUUUCUUUAGAAUUUAUUUGAGGUGAAACUGGGGAUGGGAAAAACAUUAGCUGUUGUAAUCUUUAGGCAGUAGGUGUUUAUAAAUAGGUCUGUACAUGAAACUCUUCUUCUAGUUGGAUAAAUGCUGCAGUCAUAUACUGUAUUUCAAAACUUGGUAUUGUAUUAGGCAUUUAUGCUAAAGUGUAAGAACUAAACUCUCCUUUUUCUUCAGGAAAUUUGCUAACUAUAGGU